GCAGUUGAGACGUCACAAGGUAAACACGAUCAAGGCACAGAAGCCGCAGUGUGUCUCUGUCAGGAAAGGAAGUGGCUCUGAAGUGACUCUCGACCGCACAGUGUUUCGGAAAUAUAGUGACUGCCAGUCCUACUUAAAGACUCACACCCAGACUAAAUAAUAGCGUUUAAAACCAGCGCUCUCUCAUAUCAAUAGGACAUAAAAACUGUAUGUAAAUUGAACAGGCAUUUCAGACAAUAACAGAUGAGCGGACUUGCACCAUCUGGAAGAAUGAGAUUCAUUGCAGUUGCUAUCAUACUUUGUGCUGGAUAUUACGGCCCAGCAGCCUUUGCCCAUCCUCGGGGAGAAUGGACAAAACUCAUCCUGACCCAGCAUUGGCCACAGACAUUUUGCAGUAUGGAAAAAUGUACAACAAAUUUAAGCUUUUGGACUCUGCAUGGAUUAUGGCCCAACACUGGCAUGAGGUGCAAUACAUCCUGGCAUUUUAAUGCUAGUUUGAUCGAGGACUUAAUACCAGAGAUGAAACUAUAUUGGCCAGAUCUGAUAGCACCUUCCUCCCCCCAAUUUUGGAAAUAUGAAUGGACAAAACAUGGAACCUGUGCUGCGAAAGCAGAGUCUCUGAACAGUCAACAUAAGUACUUCAGCAAAGCUCUUGAGCUGUACAGCAAGUUUAACCUUACUAAUGUUUUAAAGAACAACAGAAUCGUGCCCUCUGAGCAGCACUACACACUGGAUGAGGUGGAGACAGCCAUUACUAGCUUCUACAAUGUGAAGACAAAGAUUCAGUGCGUCCAUCCAGGAAAGGGAGGCCAGGUUCAGAUUUUGGGCCAAAUAGAGAUCUGCGUUGACAGGGAUUUCCAACUGAUCGAUUGCGAAAAGUCAACCGAAGAAAUCUGGAGCAAUGACAUCCCCGCAGUGGCUGUCAGUGGCCAGUCAGAGCUCAGCGUGUGUGAUCACUCCAUGCCGGUCUAUUACCCCCAGUGCCCAGCAGAUCAUAGAGGUGGGCAACCCCAGACCUCGUGUGCGAGUGUGGAAUCACUGAGCGUAACAAGACGAGAAUUCAUUCUGUCUAGUUUUUGAAACGCUGGAAACAGCUGGAAAUCUUUCCUGUUUACACUAUCUUUUAAAUAAUUGCACAUUAAAUUCUUUGUUGUUUUAAAUGAUGAUGCUGGAACAAUCUAGUGAAGAUUUAAGGGUGUCACAGACUGCUGUAUUCUAUGGUUACUGGGUUCUUUUUUAUUUUGGGUUUUUUUUUUUUUUUUUUUUGGUCUUGUAGGUUUGAUCUUAAUGAGCCAUACUGCUGUUCACAUUGUCCACAAAAUUUCAAGGAAAGAAAAAAAUAUACAUGAAGCAUGUUAUACAUUAGGAAAGAUUUUUAGCAUUAUAACACAAUUUUCUUGACAGUUAAACACAUCCCACCUGACCACUAUGCAUCUAGACAUUUUACUUGUCUCCAAUUCACAUUAUUCUAAAUUAUUCUCAUUUAGUAGUACAGUAAUUUUAUUUUACAAUAAUAUAGCACUGUUGUGUUCACAAAUCAAGAGUUUUUUUAGCAAUGUGCUCAAUUUCCAUUAAAAUAAAUCACAAUGCAGUAAUUUCAGGGAUCCUUGAAGCAAACUAAGUCUUUUCUAUUUUCUUAAGUCUUUCUUUCUUUCUUUCAGUCUCGCUUGGCUGUAAUAUUUUGCCUUUAAUAUAUUUCAUCUGAUACAUUUGUUAUUACGGUUUGGAUUGAAAGAGGCCUUUCAUGCCUUAAUUUGCGAUGUUAAUGUGUAAAAUAUGUGGUAGGUUUGGAGCUUUAGGCCUAAUGGCAGCAGUUGCACAUAAUGCACAUUUAAGCUUCUGCCGCUGGAGGGCAGCACAUGCAUUCUGCCAAAAAAAAAAAAAAAAAAUCACAGAGAUGUUCUUCACAUGUACGUUUUAUGAAAGGGUGAUGGUAGUGAACCGUAGGGAGAAAAGUGACCAUUUGCACAAAAUAUUCUGGUAAAUAAACAGUGUCUUUCUGGCUUUUUUUUUUCCAAACACAAUUAUUAGAUGACAGCCAUAUCGGAUGUGGGCAUUUGAUACACAACUCAGCUUAUGAAAGACAUGCCUAAUCUUUGAUUUUAUACUGGGGAGGCAUUUAUACUGCUGGUCAAAGACUUUUUAUACAGUUGAUACAAAGGUUUAUUACUUUUACAGUAUUUGAUAAAUGGCUUGCAUCAUUCACUUAAACACCAGCAAUUAAAACUUUUUUUGUAAUGCAAUGACAAUUGAAUAAAUACAGAAAAUCACA